AUUCUCCAAAAUCAGACACACACACACUGUUCUGUACUAAGGAGAGAAAGCAGAGAGAAACCCUAAGAAAAUAGCGAGAGAUGUCUUCCGUUGCAGCUAGGGUUUUCAGGGGAUGCAGAACGCUUCUAGCUCCUGCGUCUCGAGCCGCCGCCACCUCUUCCCUGCUCUCUUCCUCGAGGAGCUUAACCACUGUCACCGCCGGAGGCACCAAGAAGUCGGCGGCGAAACCUAAGCCAAAGUCGAAACCAGACUCUCCGGCGAAGAAGAAGACGCCGAGGACUACCGGAAUCUUCAAGGCCACCCCUGUCUCUCCCGCUCUCGCUCAGUUCCUCGGUACUGGUGAAACCACACGCACCGACGCCGUCAAAGAGGUUUGGACCUAUGUCAAGUCCCACGACCUUCAGAAUCCUGCUGACAAGAGGGAGAUCUUCUGCGACGAGAAGCUGAAGCAAAUCUUCGAAGGCAAAGACAAGGUCGGGUUUCUGGAGGUCACAAAGCUCUUGUCCACUCACUUCGUGAAGACUGCUUGACUUAUCAGCUCAACAUGAUGGAAGCUCUUGUUCUCGUUGUUAAGUAACGUUGUCAAAUAAUCUAUUUAACUCUUUAGUGUCUGUUAAAAAAAAAAGAUCGCAAACAUGGUUUAACUUGUAGUAUUUUGUUUUGGCAUCAAAUUUGCAGACUAUUAAUGUUAAUCAAGUAAUCAUCAAUUACUUACUU